ACAUACUCCCAAUUUCCUUCUUCCUGAUUCCAGAAAGGGGAAAUACCGGAGAUCUUGAGAAAUAGAGAUGGGUUCACUUCAGCCGGCGAAGUCGUUGAUCGGAAAGCACUCAAGUUUCCGGUCACUAAAGGAAGUAGAAUUGGAAUGGGAUCGCCAGUUUGAGGAUCAUCCAUUUGGGGUUGACUACGGUCGCCUCGAAAACGGCCUGGUGUACUAUGUUCGCCGGAAUCCUAAGCCUAAAAUGAGAGCGGCUCUCGCCCUCGCUGUCCAAGCUGGGUCAGUUUUAGAAGAGGAAGAAGAGCGAGGGGUUGCGCAUAUAGUAGAGCAUCUAGCUUUCAGUGCUACUAAGAACUAUGAAAAUCAUGGGAUUGUCAAGUUCCUGGAAAGCAUUGGUGCUCAAUUUGGACCUUGUCACAAUGCAUGGACGUCUUUUGAUGAGACUCUGUAUGAAUUGCUGGUUCCCAUAGACAAGCCGGAACUGCUAUCUCAGGCCAUUUCCAUCUUGGCAGAGUUCAGCACAGAGAUUCGAAUUGCAGAUGAAGAUCUGGAGAAAGAACGGGGAGCUGUCAUGGAGGAGUAUAGGAGUGGCCGAGAUGCUAAUCAAAGAAUUCGGGAUGCAUACUGGAGUUUGUUAAUGGGAGGCUCAAAGUAUGCCGAUCGCUUACCUAUUGGCUUAGAGAAAGUAAUACGAGGUGUUACUUCUAAAACUGCAAAGCAAUUCUAUCAAAAGUGGUAUCAUCUAAGCAAAAUGGCAGUGAUAGCCGUUGGCGAUUUCCCUGAUACAGAGAGUGUUGUUGAGUUGAUAAAGACUCAUUUCAGUCAAAAAACUUCAGCAUCCAACCCUUCACCAGUACCAAAUUUUCAUGUUCCAUCUCAUGAGCAGCCACGCUAUUCAUGUUUUGUGGAUUCUGAAGCUACUGGGUCUGAAGUGAUGAUCAGCUACAAGAUGCCAGUUAAGAAAAUGAAGACCAUAAAAGACUACAGGGAUGGACUUGUGGAAUCCAUGUUCCUAACUGCUUUAAACCAGAGGUUCUCAAAAAUUUCUCGUAGAAAGAAUCCGCCCUAUUUCUCAUGCUCACUAUAUGCAGAUACUCUUGCUCGCCCAGUUAGAGCUUAUAUAAUGUACUCAACGUGUAAAGAAAAAGGAACAUUAAAGGCCCUAGAAUCAAUGCUUACUGAAGUUUCAAGGGCACGACUUCAUGGGUUCUCAGAACAUGAGAUAUCCAUUGUUCGAGCUCUAAUGAUGUCAUGGAUUGAAUCUGCCUAUUUGGAGCGUGAUAAAAGGAAAUCAACCAGCCUGAGAUAUGACUAUGUACAGCACUUCAUCCACAAUGAACCUGUUAUUGGGAUUGAGUAUGAGGCUCAACUCCAGAAAACUAUGCUGCCACAUAUAUCAGCAUCUGAGGUAUCCAAGUAUGCAGAGAAAUUACAAACCUCAUGCAGCUGUGUCAUGAAGAUAGUUGAACCCCAAUCUUCUGCAACAAUCGGUAACCUCAAAAAGGUUGUUUCAGAGGUCAUUAAACUUGAGAUGGAUAGUAACAUUUCUCCAUGGAAUGAUGAGCAAAUUCCCGAAGAAAUUGUAGAUAUAAAGCCAAAUCCAGGGAACAUUGUAAAGCAGCAUGAAUACUCAAAUUUCAGAGCUACUGAACUAAUUCUAUCAAAUGGAAUGGAAGUUUGCUACAAAUGUACAGACUUUUCUAAUGAUCAGAUUAUUUUCUCUGGGUUCUCAUAUGGGGGUUUAUCUGAACUCUCAGAAAGUGAGUAUCUUUCAUCAAUGAUGGGAUCAUCGUUUGCUGAAGAAAUAGGUGUAUUUGGCCAUAAACCAUCAGUCUUAGGAGAUAUGCUUGCUGGUAAGAAAGUUAGAGUCAGAACAAGGGUUGGGAACUACAUGAGAACCUUCCAUGGUGAAUGUUCACCCUCCGAUUUGGAGACAGCCUUGCAGCUUGUCUAUCAACUUUUUAUGAAAUAUGUAACACCAGGAGAAGAAGUCGAUUUAGUGAUGCAAAGGACAGAAGAAUAUAUUCGUGCUGAAGAGAGGGAUCCUUAUACUAUAUUUAGAAAUCGAGUGACUGAGCUUCACCGUGGAAACUCUUACUUUUUUAAGCCUCUUAAAAUAAGUGACCUUAGUAAUGUUAAUCCAUCAAAAGCCUGUGAAUAUUUCAACAGCUGUUUCAAGGAUCCAUCAACUUUCACAGUUGUGAUUGUUGGUAAUAUUGAUCCUGCAGCUGCGAUUCCUUUAAUGCUGCAGUACUUGGGAGGAAUACCAAAGCCAUCAGAACCUGUUCUACACCUUAUGAGUGAUUACAUCAAAGGACUACCAUUUAACUUUCCAACAACCGUAGUUAGAGAAGUGGUGCGCAGCCCCAUGGUGGAAGAACAAUGUUGGGUCACUCUAUCCUUUCCUGUGGAGCUGACAAAAGUGACAACGGUAGAAGAGAUUCUUUAUCUUGACUUCCUAAGUGAACUUUUUGAAACAAAAAUAUUACAGGUUCUCCGUUUCAAGCAUGGACAGAUCUACUCUGCAAGUGUUUCAGUAAACCUUAGCGGCAACAUGCCUCAUAGGACCGACGACAUGCAUGGCUAUAUUAGAAUACAUUUUUCUUGUGACCCGAAAAUUUCCUCUAAGCUGGUUGAUAUUGCUUUGGAUGAAAUAUUGCAUCUCCAAGAAGAAGGGCCUUCAGACCAAGAUGUUUCUACCAUACUGGCAAUUGAACAGAGAUCCUAUGAAAAUGGACUACAGGAUAAUAACUACUGGUUGCAGAAGAUUUUAGACAGCUACCAAUCUAGGAUCUAUUCUGGUGAUAUUGGCAAUGCAUUUCAGGUUCAUGAAGAAGGACGUUCCAGAAUUAGAGAAUCACUCACACAAUUAACGACACAGUCAGCAAUGCAAAGGAUAAUGCCCUACCCUUGCAAAAAUCAAUACACUGCUGUGAUUUUAAUGGCCCAACCACGUGCGUCAAAGUGGCUGAGAUCUGCUCUGUUAUGGAAGCCUAGUGAUAGAGACACAAAGAUUUUAGCUGGCGUUGCUGGUCUGACAGUCUUGGCUUUCAGUUUCUGGAGACAUUCACGGAAAUCUUAGGAAAAUUGUAUAUAUCAAAGCUUCAUAUACUAGGAAAGUUUACAGCUUCCAACAAUAAUCACAGACUUACUUCAUGGAUGAAAGUGAAGAUAUCCUAUCCCAGGUACAAGGCUAUCCCACAUUUUUUUAAACAUGAAUGAAUGCAUACUAAUUUUUUUAGGCCUCCCGUUGCUGCAUCAUUGUUCUUUCUUGUUGGCUUUUUGUUCUAUUAAUUGAGAUUAUGUUAACUUGAAGAACAGAAUUAGAUCAAAAUCGAAAGUCAGCGAAUGCAUGCCCAAACUACUACUUUGAUGAAAUCAAAUGCUUGAUACUGAUUCAACGCAGAAAGCACUGAAAGCAACUACACAUGCAAAUCACAAAUAAGCACAGAGGAACAAAACAAGCAAUCAUCAUAAUGAAACAUCAAGAACAAGCCAUUCACUAUCGAAGUAAAGAAACGAGGGAAGCUUAACUCAAUACGCCGGAGGCAUCCAUGUCGAUGCAUUUGCUUAAAAAUCCAGAAGCCACACUUCAGACCGUUCCUAUGCGACCUGAUUUCAAGGAUUUUGAGCAGAUUCGCGAUGAUCAAUAAGUAUAGUAAAUCUCAACGAAAUGAAAAUACGGCAGAAAGAAACUGAAAAUCAAGAAGAAGAAGAAAUAAUUGCUUCAGAUUCGUGGCGAAGCCACAAAGGAGGCGUAAUCGAACUGUCUGCAACUAACCGGACCGGAUCACCGUGGACUUUCCGCCGACGAUUUGCUUCUGAGAAUUGCGUCCGGAAUAGUAAUAGUCAUCGCCUUUUUUUUUUUCUGAGAAAGCAAUGUGGAAUCUGAACGGAAAUCACUGCUGCCAUGAAAAAGAGCAUCUUCAUUUUUAUUUUCCCUCUUCUUUUGAGGCGUUUUACUUUUUCUCUCAUGCGUAGAUUGUUAAAAGGGGCCUCCUCAACAUUCUAAACAUGAUUUGAUUAUGUUCUCCACCUUUCAAUUUUU